AUGGUUGCUAUUGACGUUGUCCGCGCUCACAACGCAUCGUUGAAGAGCCUACCGCCAAAUCUAGUGGCAGUUUUUGUCGGAGGUACAAGUGGCAUUGGCUUCUUCACAGCUCGAGAGUUUGUCCGAAACACUACAUCACCACAUGUUUACUUGAUUGGCCGCAAUGCAACAGAGGCUGGAAAGAUCAUGGAAGAGCUCAGCUCCAUCAACAGCUCAUCCCAGAUCAGCUUCAUCCAGAAGGACCUCUCAUUAUUGAAGAAUGUGGACGAAGCAUGCAGCGAGAUCAAGAGCAAAGAAAAGCAAGUCAAUGUACUGUUCAUGACAUGCGGAUACCUUACGGUGCAAGGAAGAAACGAGACAUCCGAAGGUCUGGACAGGAAGAUGGCUGUCCAGUACUACUCGCGGAUGCGAUUUAUUUCUCAGCUCACGCCGCUGCUCGACAAUGCCUCUGAAGCUAACAACCUCUCUCGCGUUGUCAAUGUUCUGGAUCCGCAGGCUGGCUUGAGGCUGGGCGGCCUUGACUACUCUGACCUCUCCCUGAGGCAUAACUUUAGUCUCAAAAAGGUGCUGCUGCACGCGAGCGCCAUGACAAACCUCUCCGUCACUCACUUGGCAAGUCAGAACCUUAAGACAAGCUACAUCCACGAAUACCCAUCUGCUGUGGAUACGGGCAUAACGCGAGAACUAUUCGGUCGCUUCAACAACGCUGUCACGUUCGUGCUAGGUGGUCUGUUUGGACGUCUCUUCUAUGUUCCGCAGGUGGAAAGCGGCGAGAGACACCUGUUUGCUGCCACUGCACCGCGUUACGCCCCCAAGGCAGAUGGCGCUCAGACAGAAGUUGUUGGAAGUGACGGAGUGAAGGGAAGUGGAGGCUAUGUCCUGAACUGGAAUGGGGACAUCCUGGCAGAUACUAAGAAAGCGCAGAAGCUGAGGGAAGAAGGGGGAAUAGAGAAGGUUUGGGAACACACUCAAGAGGUCAUGAGCAAGAUCGCGGAGAGUGGUAGGUUUACUGGAUAG